AAACCAACCCACUCUUUUUCUUUCCCGCUUCAUUAUCCCUACUUGAAAACCCUAAUAACAAAAAAAUCGAAUCUCCCCAGAAAAUCAAAAUCCUUCCCAAAUGGAACCACACCCUAACCAUGCCGAUCUAAAGCGCAAGGCGUCAGCCGAUUACGUCACCAACGAACCCAAAUGUCAAAAGAUAUCACCUUCUUCCCCAAAAUUCAUGGUCCGCAUCGAAAUUUGCUCCCCUGAUUCGUUCUCCGUUAAGCCGUUGCCUGUUGAUGGCCACGCGUUCCCCGGAGAAUCCGAUUGUUUUAAUAAACUAAGCCAAUUCCUCCCUAAUAAAGUGAUUCCAUCAGAUUACACGCAAACCAAUGUUGGCGAAGAGGCUUUUGUUUUCAACUUGAAAGAUUAUGAUGUGGUUGUUAGGUCGUUAAGGACACAGCGCAUUGAUUAUGAAGAUAUUCCUUAUCUUACACGUAGAACUUUAAACAUACUUUCACGCUCUUGUGUUGACGGGAGAUGGAAACCUUCCACGCCAGAACAUUUAACUGAUGAAAAAGUAGGUGAGUUAAUUGGACGAAUUCCAAAGUCCUUGUCAGAGGUAUUGCUUCCUUUCCAAGUCGAAGGUGUGAAGUUUGGCUUGCGUAGGGGAGGCCGGUGUCUUAUUGCUGAUGAAAUGGGACUUGGAAAAACUCUUCAGGCCAUUGCAAUUGCAAGCUGUUUCAUGGAUGAAGGUCCAGUACUAGUUGUUUGCCCUGCUAUUUUAAGAUAUACAUGGGCAGAAGAAUUGGAGCAUUGGCUUCCUUCAUGUUUGCCCUCUGAUAUUCAUCUAGUUUUCGGUCAUGUAAACAAUCCUAUGAACCUGGCAAGGUUUCCAAAAGUUGUCGUUAUUUCAUACACAAUGCUGAACAAUUUGAAGAAAAGCAUAUUGAAGCAAGAAUGGGCGGUGAUGAUCGUUGAUGAAUCACAUCAUGUACGUUGUACGAAACGAAAAUCAUCAGAACCAGGAGAGACGCAAGCUGUAAUUGAUGUUUCAUCAAAGAUCAGUCGUGUAGUUUUACUCUCAGGGACUCCAUCUCUAUCAAGGCCAUUUGACAUCUUUCAUCAAAUAAACAUUCUAUGGCCUGGACUGCUUGGGAAGGACAAAUUUGCAUUCGCAAAAACCUACUGUUCCAUGAGUACUGUCCAAACUUAUAAUGGGGUUGUCUACCAGGAUUUUUCAAAGGGAACUCGUUUGGAGGAGCUGAAUGUGUUACUGAAGCAGACUGUUAUGAUAAGACGUUUGAAAGAACAUGUCUUGAUGCAAUUACCACCCAUACGGCGACAAAUUAUAGACUUAGUUUUGAAGAAGCCAGAUAUCGAUUCCGCAAUAGCUGUAUGCAAUAUGACAAAUGAUGAUUCUAUGGGAAACGAUGCUGAACAUGGUCCAUCAGAGGAGGAUGCUGGUCGCAGCUCUUCAAAACUAUCCAGUCAAAUUAUCGGUAUCGCCAAACUAUCAGGAUUUCGAGAGUGGCUACUUAUGCAUCCAAUCAUUGCCGAAUCUAAUGAUGAAAAUUUUGAAUCAAGUCAAAGCUCUCAUAAAAUGAUAAUUUUUGUCCAUUAUCAUAAGGUUACUGAUAGAUUACAGGAAUUUCUAGUUGAGAAGAGGAUUAAAUAUGUACGUAUUGAUGGGCAUGAUGGAUCUGCUAGAGACAGGCAGCAAGCUAUUUUUUCAUUUCAACAUUCAAAAGAGGUUAAAAUUGCAUUGGUUGGGAUACUUGCCGGGAGUAGUGGACUUGAUCUUUCAGCUGCACAAAAUGUGGUGUUUUUAGAAUUGCCUGAGAGAAUAUCUGACUUUCAACAGGCUGAAAGUCGAGCUCAUAGGCGUGGUCAAACUAAAGCAGUGAAUGUAUAUAUAUUUUGUGCCAGGGAUACUUCAGAUGGGUCCCGCUGGAAAAGAUUGAAUAGAAGUCUGCAUCGUACGUCAUCUACUGUUGAUGGGAAGUGUGGCUCAAAGGAGGAGAUUAUGGUUGAAGAUGUUUCUUUACUUGGAUCUGUUGAAGAAAGACACAAAGAGGAUAAUUCGGUCUUUGAGGUGGAAAGCGAUGAUGAAUUUUCUGGUAUUGAGCCAGUGAGAUGCUCUCAGUAUGAGAGCGAAAAGAUGCAAUCUAAUGAAGUAAUCAAUGGAGUCGCAACUUCGACAAGUGAAGAGAUGCAAUCUGAUGAUGAUGCAAACUUUCAUCCAUUUCUCAAGUAUUGCUACAAGAGAACCGGUCACAUCAUUCCUGAUAUGAAGAGUAUGGCAUCCAAUGAAGCAGUAGAAGAACAGAAACAUGAAACCAGGCGUGAAAAUAGUUUUCUUUCACACACUUUGCUAGAGGCUGAGAAGGAAAAUAUAGUGGAAAUACCAAGUGAUCUGGAACCUGACGAUCAGGUUGAAGCAGAUCCUGGUUGUCUCCCAGCACAUUCUCUCCGUUUUGAGGUCAGCAAAUACACUGGAAGAAUCCACUUGUAUUCAUGUAUUCAUGGAGUAGAAACAAGGCCUACCCCAUUGUUUAAAAACUUUCGACCAGAGGAACUUGAAACAAACGAGCCUCCAUCUGAUGACAACUUGCCUCGUAAAUGUUUCGAGGAUGAUUUGGUAUACAGGCCUGCUCUUCUCAGUUUCGUUAAAGAAUGGAGCAGUCUCAGACCUAUCCAGCAAAAUAAAUUAUAUAACAAGCCUCUUCAACUUCCAUUGGCUGUUGAGUUGUGUUUGAAUGAAAGCCAAAAUCAUGAUAAAGAGGGAUUGCUAAAAGGAGGAAGCAAGAAGCGCGGUACAUCGCUAGAUGAUAUAAGUCAACCCCUCCCCGCAGAUGCUGUAUGGAAGAAUGUUUCCCUCUUUCAUGACAGAAAAGAAAGACAAUACCUGCAGGGUUGGACACUUGUUAAUGAACCACUCUGUAAACUGUGUCAAAAGAUUUGCUUGAAGGAUAGUGCCAAGAAGCCUGAAUUCUUUGAGGAUUUGUUUUGUGAUUUGGACUGUUACGAAGAAUAUCGCUUAAGAACUAGCAAUAGAUACUUACGCGGGGGGCUUGCUCAAAUUGAACAUGGCAUAUGCACAAAUUGCCGCCUUGAUUGCCGAAAACUUGUGAAGAACAUUAAAUCUUUGUCACUUGAGAAACGUAAAGAAUUUAUCAUAAAAGAAGCCCCGAAGCUGGCAGCAUGUCAAAAUUUACUUGAUAAGCUCAUCAGUGAUCCAACAGAGGGCAAUGCAUGGCAUGCAGACCACAUUGUGCCGGUAUAUCGAGGCGGAGGUGAAUGCAGACUAGAGAACAUGAGGACUCUUUGUGUUGCGUGUCACGCUGAAGUCACUGCGGCUCAAUGUGCUGAACGACGCUCUGAAAGAGCCAAGGCUAAGAAAAAACUUAAUCGCUUGUUGGCCAACCUUAAAACUGUUCAUGCCACUACUAAUUUUGGCAAGCAAAAGGACCAUGAUGAAGACAGCAUGCUCGACAGUGAACUUUUUGUCAAUGUCCCAGGAAGUGCCUAUAACACAACAAACUUAGUAAGUAGUAGAAUUGAAGAGGGCAAGAAGGGUUCAGAAGACACAAGUUCUUGAAUUUCAUUUACUUUGACUUUUGAGGCUCCCUUCAUCUUGUGGUUUAGGAUCUGGUAGCUUUUGUAUGUAACAUGUGUAUUGUGACUGCAAGUAACUGCAACUUUGUGAGGCAUCGUGGAAAGCCAGGGUUCGGUUUGCAUACCAGUAUCACCCUUGAGCAGGGAUAGGUUAGGACCAGGUUUUUGGGCAUUUGUAAAUGUUUUUGCUGAUAUUGGUGCAAAACAAGCUUCAAUAUAUAAAUAAUAGGUUACUUAUCAUUCA